GCACAUUUAGGCUUCUAGCCUGUGCUUUCCGAGCUCUCCUCUCUCUGGCAUGUUUAGCUCGUAGUUAUCCGUCGACACAGGCCGCCAAAUGAUGCUUAUCGUUCAUUUUCUCCUGUUAUUCUGGUUGCGCCAUGUUACAGCAGCAUGCUCCGGGACAACCACGAUCCACGCCGCAACCCAGGCGAGUGCCUUGUCAUCCUGUGCGACAUGGACCGGUGACAUUGCCCUCGCGACAGACAUAGCCGGCGACGUCACGCUGGACGGCGUCGAAGUCAUCAUGGGCAACUUGAACGCGUCGAGCGCGCCCGAACUGACCUCCAUCUCGGGGGAAGACCUGCGCUCGAUGGAUGCGCUGGUCCUCACGGAUUUAAGCAGCAUGACGGACAUGAGUUUCCCACGCUUGACACGUGUGGAGGCACUCGCAUGGUUCGGGCUGCAUGCGCUGCCUCGUCUCAACUUCUCGACGCCGAUAACUUCUGUAUCGGUCAUAUCCAUCGCGAACACGUCGAUCACGACGGCCGAAGGGCUGGGGUUGGAAAACCUGGAGAGUGCCGGUACGAUAACGAUCACCACGAACGGUAAUCUGCACUAUUUCAGUUUGCCGCGGCUUCGUGAGAUAUCCGUCGGCAUAGAAUUCGUGGCCAAUGCCGACAACUUCACGAUAUCUCUGCCCGUGAUCUCGACCGCGGAGAUGGUAUGGAUCGAAAACAGCGCCUCGUCGCUGUCGGUCCCGGCGCUCGAAACUGUCAACGACACUUUCCACAUGUCGCACUCAGACAUUGAGACGUUCUACGCGCCGAAACUGCGCGAGAUCGGCACCUUGAAAAUCUGGAAUAAUCCGGAUCUGGACAACAUUUCUCUUCCAAGUCUGGACUCGAUUAUAGACGGCAUGAACUUCACGGAGAACUCGAGCUUAAAGCAGCUCGAACUUGAUGCGCUUGCCACUGUCGGCAACGACUCCGCCAUCACGGGCUACUUCACAGACAUAUCCUUCCCUGCGCUCCAAAAGCUCGACGGCCACCUAAACGUCACCACCACCGCAGACUUUGAUUGCGCGCCCCUAACGCAUCUCGCCUCAAACGGCACCAUCUCCGGUGGUCUCGACUGCGUAAACUCCUCGCGCGCCAUCUCCAUCACGCCGACGUCCUCAUCCUCCGCAUCCCCGCCCGCCGGUGCUACCCAGAACGACAACGGCAGCGCGCUCUCCACAGGCGCCAAAAUCGGCAUCGGCGUCGGUGUCGCUGGCGGCGCAAUCGGCGUCAUGUGCGUUGCGACGCUCUUGUUCAUGCUGCGCCGGCACCAGCGGCGUCACGGUCCCGACGGAGAAGCUAGAGCAGCGGCGGCGGCGGCGAAGAAAGAAAAGAAAGAGCAGAAGAAGAAAGCGAAGAAGGGCGCAGGAGGGGCAGACUCGCGCCAGGAACUACAGCCAGAAGAUGUGCAAGAGCUGCAACCAGAUGGAGUGCAGGAGCUGGAGCCUGGGAAGGUGGUCAGUGAAGUCGAAGGCAAGGAUCGGGAGAUCAGCGAGAUGGAGGCGCCGCGAAAAGUGCUUGAGGUGCCGGGCGAGGAGCUAGUGCCGGUGGAACUGCCGGCGGAGGAGCGCUGGGCUGAGUUGGAGGGGAGUGGGGUCGCGUCGCCGGGAGUGGAGAAGGGUGCUGGGGAGAAGAUGUAGGGGAGUUGAAGGGGUCGUGUGGUGAGUUUUGGGGUGGCAGGCGGCGCUGCUCUGCUCCAUUACGUUUCAUUUUGACGUUAAGACUUUGUAAUAUUUAGCAUACCCCUAACUAUAUAAGCGCGUCUUCUUCUUUCCGUUUAUGAUGAUUUCUUGUUGAAAGGGACAGUGUUCGGUGGUUUGGUUUGGUGGGCUUUUCUGUGGGUUAGGCGAUGUGGGAUAAGGAGGGUUUGAGUGCUGGGUUUGGUUUGGAGUUCGGGAGGUGGUGGGUGUGAUAGGUUGGAUGGAUAAGUGCGCAGUUCUGUGGUUAGUGUUCAGCUAUUGGGACAAGCUGUGGUUCUUGGAAUUUUGGCACUAUAAAGGCUAAGUGUAGAAGGGUUGUCUUUGCUGUUAAAUUAUAAAAUGAAGAACAGACUGAUUAAUUUAAGACCACGAUAUAGUAUGACUUUAGUACCUCUAAAGCAAGUUGAGUCCCGCUAAGCUAGU